AUGUACUUCUUCAUAUACGGUUGGUCUUCUUGCCCUGAGUGUAACCAUCCAUUGGAGUUGGCGGAUAUUAUGUCGCAAGCUCAUUUCGAUGGCAGUUUGGAUACUAAACCGGAAGCCGAGAAAAUGUUUGAGAGUUACCGUGAUGUUCUACGAAAACUGAGUGAUGCUUAUAUGGAGAUUAUGACGCUGAAAAAAAAAGAACUGGAUGCGACGGUUGAGCAGCUUCAGUUGAAAACUCGACUGUUUAAACUGCAAAAGAAACACCUAGAAUUAUUGCGUGAAAACAAAGCUUUGAAGAACAUCGUUGCGAUGAACCACUGA